AUGCUCUGUUUGGGUGAAACCUAAAUAACAAUUUUUAAGAGGCAUUCAAAAGCAAGUACAUUAUAAAGGAAAUAUUCUUAGAACUUUUUAUUUUCUUUCUCUUCAUUUUCCAGAAAAUGCCCACUUCAGGCACAAUCGGUAAAAUGUCCAGUUCAGGUUUGUUUUCAACUGCAGACCAAAGAAGUGAUGAAGAUGGUGAUAGUUCUCAAAAUGAAAGUCAGAAAAUGAUGGGAGCAUUUCACAGUCAUUUAGAAGAGCACAUUCGUCCAUGCAUUGAUCUGAUUGACACUCUGAGGUCAGAUGGCAUCCAUAAAGACUUGGCAUUACCGACUAUUGUAGUGAUUGGAGACCAGAGUUCUGGAAAAAGUUCUGUGUUGGAAGCACUGUCUGGAAUUGGACUUCCAAGAGGCAAUGGAAUUGUGACCAGAUGUCCAUUAGAGUUGAGGCUGAAGAAGGUACCAGGAGUCAACUGGAAGGCUGUUUUAACAUACAAUAAGAAAACUGAUGAAUCUGUGAAUUCCUCACAUUUUGCAGGUCCUAUUAAAGCCAGCAAACUGGUGGUUGGAAAGGUAGCACAGGCAACUCAAAAUCAGAAGAAAAUUGAAUUUUCAGAUCCUUCAUUUGUUGGAGAACAUGUUGCAGCAGCCCAGAAUGAGCUGGCAGGAAAAGGGGUAGGAAUACGUGAUGAGCUCAUCACAUUAGAGAUCAUGUCACCAGAUGUAUGUGACCUCACACUGAUCGAUCUGCCAGGAAUUGCCAGAGUCCCAGUAGAAGGACAACCAGAAGAUAUUGGAAAACAGAUCAAACGUCUGAUCAUGAAAUAUAUUAAGAAACCUGAGACUAUAAACCUGGUUGUGGUCCCUUGUAAUACUGACAUUGCAACAACAGAAGCCUUAAAAAUGGCACAAGAAGUUGAUCCUGAGGGCAAAAGAACAGUCGCCAUUUUGACAAAACCAGACCUCAUAGACAAGGGAACAGAGGAACGCAUUCUGGCCAUCAUCCAGAACAAAGUGAUUCCUCUCCGCAAAGGUUACAUCAUGGUGAAGUGUAGAGGACAACAGCAGAUCAAUGAAGAAAUUUCUCUGGAGGAGGCAGCACAAAUGGAGAGAGAUUUCUUCCAAAACCAUGACCAUUUCAGAUGCCUCUUGAAAAAGGAUAAAGCAACUAUUAAAUAUCUUGCCGUCAAACUGACUCAGGAUCUUGUUGAUCAUAUCAAAAAAUCAUUGCCACAGCUCCAUGAGCAGAUAAAUAAGCAGUUGUGGAGUGUGAAGAGAGCACUUAAGGACUGUGAGAUUGGACCACCAGAAGACCCUGAGGGAGCCAAGGAUUUCCUUAUUAAAACAUUAAAUGGAUUUAAUGAGAAAAUCAAGUCUCUGUCAUCAGAAGAGAUGAUAACUGACAACAAUAUGUUUGCCCAACUUCGUGCUGAAUUCAAGAAGUGGAAUGAUUAUCUUAACAGUACAAAGACACCCUUUAACUAUUCAAAUGAGUUAAGCGAGAAUUACAGAGGGAUGGAACUGCCUGGUUUCAUGAACUACAGAUUCUUUAAGAAGAUACUGCAGGACCAUGUGGCCAAACUUAAGGAUCCAGCCAUGGAUUUACUCAAUGCCAUAAAAGACAUCAUCAUUAAGCAAUUCACGGACAUGGUGAGUGAGUGCUUCCAGAACUAUCAUGUCCUUCAAAACAUCACUAAGGACAAAAUCAACAACAUUCAGUUAAUCCAACUAGAAAAGGCAGAGCAGAGGAUCUCAGAGCAGUUUGAAAUGGAAAACAGGAUCUACACUCAAGAUCCCAUUUUCCUGAAGACCUUGAGUGAGAUUACAAAUGAGACUUUUUCAGAAAAGGAGUUACCUGUCUUUGACAAACAAUGCAAGUAUAAACAAAUGCUGGAGGCGUAUUAUGAGAUUGUGGUGCAGCGGGUGGCUGACCAACUGCCCUUGAUGAUCAACUUUUACAUGCUGCAGGAGACUGCUCAGCUCCUGACUAUUGACACAUUGAAAUUACUGGAAAAUCCAGAUGUGCAUGAGCUCCUGUCUGAGGACUCUGAUGUCAGCAGAAGACGCAAAGACCUAAGAGCUCGUCUGAAUCGUUUGACUACUGCUACAAAAACAAUUAGCAAUUUUUAUUAAUGACUAGAAGAUAUCUGUAAAAACAACACAAAAUACUAAAUAUAUAAAAUACUAAUGUAUCUUAUGUUAAUCUUGUAAUGUAUCUGACAACUUAUAUCCAACCAUCCAUUUUCCAGGCUUGUUUAAGCGUUGCAGGAUUCAACAAUUUAACCCAUAUAACUUUUGAUAACACUUUAGAAUACUGUUUUAUCAUUAUUGAAUAACGACAAAAGAACACAUGAGCUAUACAAUAUUAGCAAUAUUAUCUAACAAUAUACUCUGAUUAAUGAAUUAGUAAGUAAUAGUGCUUAGUCGCGUUCACUAUUUGCUAAUCAGUAGCUAAUUUAUUUUCUUACCUCCCUUAAGAACUAACAAUAACUACUAUUUACAGGUCCAUAAUUAAUAUAAAUAAUGUAUAAUUAAAUCGGGGAGGAGAAACAAUGAUGUACAUUAUAUGGAAGAUAAUGUGUAUUUUUAACUUUAAACCACAUAAACAUUGAUUUACACCAGAUACACAAAAUAAUGUUCUUUUUAGCAACAUCAUAUGACUCCUUUAAUGUAUGUAUAUACUAUGAAAAUCUAAAAUUAUUAGAAAGCUAAACAAAGUUUGGUAACAUUUUAGAGUAUUGUUUCAUUGUUAAUGAAUAAUUAUAAAUUACUCAUGUACUAUUAACAUUCUAGAAACUACUAUUAACUUUCAAAACCUCUGAUUAAUGAUUUAGUAAGUAAUAGCACUCAUUUAAAUCAGGUAGUUCACUAUUAGCAAAUCAACAAAUAAAAUGUUUUCAUUUAUCCUGGAGAACUACUAAACACAGGUUCAUAAUUUAUGUGAUUGAUAAAUAUUGUAUAAUUAAUUCUGAAGUAAGAUCAUGAUCAUACACUAGUAAUGACUCAUUAAACCCUUCUAAAGGACUUACUAAUUAUUUGGAUCAGUAUUCUAGAGUGAAGAUCACGGUAACCCACUAGUAAUGAUU